GACAUUACGAGUUUAAAACUGGUCGUUCUGUUCGGAGCUAUCAAAUGAUGUGAAGUUUUGAAACUUUUAAAAGCGGUUUGUGAUUCCUUUUAAUCAUACCGAUGAUGUUUUUAAACGAUGUACACAAAAAGGACGAGAUUAAAAAUCUUGCUGUGCAAGAUUUACGUGGUUUGGGGAUAAAAUUUCGCGUAAAAAAACCAUCUCGACAGAAUAUACAGAAAACGAAGUCAAGAAAAGUGUUCAAAGUGCCUUUACAAACGCUACCGAUGAAGACAGUUACUUUGGUUAGCGGCCAGCAAUUGGUGGUACCAAAAAUUUUAGAUGAAAUGUGUUCCUUUUUAUUGACAAAAGUUAAGACUGAGGGUUUAUUUAGGAAAGGGGGUUCAAAAUCACGACAAAACGAAAUAAAGUUAUCAUUAGAUGCUGGAUGUUAUUUAAGUGACGAUCAUCAUGAAAUUGACGUAGCGAGUGUUCUAAAAACUUUCUUUCGUGAACUACCCGAUCCUUUAAUUCCUAUUACAUUUCAAGACACAUUAUUACAUUGCAUUAUUUUAUCUCAAUCUAACUUACGUGCCAUACUUUUAGUUUGUCUUUUAUUACCUUCCGAACAUCUUAACAUUCUAGCUUAUCUUAUGCAGUUUUUAUAUCAAAUAACCGAAUUUUCAAACUAUAACAAAAUGGACGCUUAUAAUUUAGCCGUUGUUAUUGGCCCCACAUUACUUCCUGUUGAAGAAAAAGUUGCACCAAGUGCUACUCAUCGCAUAAAUAAGUUUUGUGAAGUUUUAAAGUUGCUAAUUGAAAAUGCAAAUCAAAUUGGUUUUGUUCCUGAAGAUAUAAUUGAAAGGAUUGCAUUAUCUUGUUCAUCCGCGUCUUUAACAGAUGAAGAUGGUGCAAUUGUAGCAUUGAAGAAAAAGAAGAAAAGAAGAAGUGGAUCGUUAACAAGAAUGUUGAAUGGUUUAAAGAAGAUUGUGACAAGUAAGUCGGGAGAAGGUGGAGGUAGCCAAGAAGGAAAUGGUAGUCGAGAGGUUGUAGCAACUCCAGAUUUAUUAGUGACACCGUUAUUGACUCGAUCCGCAAAAAAGAGGAAGUUUGAUGGAGCUGGUUUCUCUAUGCGAAAAAAGAAGGACUUGAUUACGAAACUUCCGCAAAGUUCAACUUUAGCAACACCAUUUAAUCCAAAAACAAAAGAAAAGGACAAAAAAUGGUUAUUGAAAUCCAAAAGUAAAUCGAUCAAAACAAACGAGGAAUCUGCAUCAAUAUCAUCACGUUUAAGUGCUUUAGGAACAAAAACGAUGUUAGAAAGGCGUUGGUCCCAAUUAAGUCAUGUAGCCGAUUUCAGGAAAAAUAAAAAACGAAAUUCAUAUGGUGGAUCUUCACAAUCAAAUUCCGAUAUCUCCAAAGAAAUUGUUCAAUCGACAAAUCUAGAUCAUCUCAAUGAAAUUAAAGAAAUCGCUAAUUUACGGGAAGAAUCAGAUUAUGUAAAAAUUCCAAGGAUGGAAUACGAAGAGAUAAAAAGUAGAGUAUCAGAAAUUGAAAGAAGGAUAUCAAUUGAAUUAGAAAGUAAUGAUAAAUUUCCUGAAGAAAUGAUUACUAAAAAUAUUGACAAUAUUGAUACAGUUAAAAAUGUUCAGUGCGUUUACGAGCACACCUUGGAACAAUUACAACCAAUGAGUCCAACUGCAGAUCAAUUAGCUAAAAGAUUAAGUAGAGAAUUAAAAAUACGGAGAUCAACCGAACAAAAAGUUAUUAGAUCGCCCAGCGCAAGAAAAAUUGGUACAUUAAGGCGAAGAUCUCGAGAUUCCGAUCGACAAAAAUUGAUUAGAAACAAAACUUGGCACAUUUCAAGCACUCACAACAGUCCGAUAAGUAACACAAAUCAAUUAAAUCAUCCAAUCAUCCAAAAAGAAAUUCAAUUACCUAUAACUCCAGUUUUAAGCAAUCCGCUAACACCAAAAUCCUUAGAUUCGAAUCGUUACUCAUUAAGAUCGUUAUCUUUUAAUGGAAAUUCAUCACCGUCUAUAACAAAACCUAAAAAGCGUUUAAGCGAUAAUUGGAAAUCAAGUAAAGAAUUUUUUGAAAACUCACAACAGUCUAGUUUAUCAUCUUCAUCAAAUUUUGAUGCAAGUGAAAGGUGCCGGGCUUCUUUGAUUCGUUUAAGAAAUCAAAAUGCGGGGAUGGUUUUGGCUAAAGCUCGCCUGUUUGACGAUCUCGUUGAUACUGAUUUAUCGAAUCCUAAUAUAAAUAAUUCCAAUCCAAUCCCAAAUUCUGUGAAAUGUACCCCCAAUUUAAUUCCAAGAGUGCAAACAAAUAAAUUGGGUGCGAUUAGACAGGUGGAUCGGCAAUCGAAUAGAAUUAGAGCUUUAAAAGCCGAAGAAAAUACAAGAAGGCUAAAGAAAAAUACAAUUAGUCCGAGAAAACGGAUGACAAAAAGUCCAAAAAGGCUUCAACGUUUAAGAAACGAUCAAGUUGCAGUGGUGAUCGAUGAAGGUAAAGUGGUAAAUAAGGAAAACGACUUAAAGGACGGUUGUGUUUUAGGGGUUUAUGGAAAAACGAGGGGGUCUCCAUUAAGGGAUAUGAAUUUUAGGGAUGUUAAGGAUUCGAGUUUAACUCCGAGAGCUGCAGUACCGCAUAUUAAGAGACCAUUUAAUGUUAAAUCACCAAAAAGACUGAAUAGGGGGAUGUUAUUACAACCAGAGAAAAACACACCUUUAAAAGUUAUAGCUACGAUUCGUGAAAAAUACUAAAUAAAACAAAAAUUGAACAAAAUUGCUCAAACAUUAAUAACUAUAUUUAGUAUGGAAGUUUUUUAUUAUUAAUGAUUUUUGUUACUUAUUAUAAUUUGUGUUCAUAAUUUUGAUUAUUUUCUU